AUGGAGUUGCAGAAGCGUGGCUCACGCUUCACCACGUUCGUGGAUUGCGACGACUUGAACGAUUUGACGCGGCUCUUCAGCUACGUUGGCCAAGACACCGAGACGCUGGUGGUGCUCGCUAGCCCAGACAUCUUAACCCGCAAGUGGUGCGUCGGAGAGAUCUGCACCGCCAGGAUCCAAAGGCGCGGAGAAGCAUCGAAUAGCGAAAGCCAAAGUGCCAACCCCGACAAGACCUUUAUCGAAAGCUAUUCAUCCAUUGUGCCGGACAUCACUGAGCUGGCCAACUACAAUCUGGGAUUGGUGGCUGCCUGGUUUGACAGUAGUCUUUUCAGCACACCGCACCCUGCUGGAACUGGAUUGGCAAGCACCCCCCAAAAGCAAUUGCUUGCUAUAUCAAGGUUUGAUUGGAACUGGAACGGAACUCCCUCACCCUUAAUUGAGCAUGAACUGAAACCGGAAGUGUUCCACCUUGGGGCAGACCCUGAGGUGCAAGGACCAGCCUUCAAUUGGAGAGUCGUAUUAGCUCGAUGUGUCAUGUUGUUUCAUCUUUUUUUGUUUUUCUUGUGA